AUGGUGCUCCCUCUCGCCCGCUGUCGCGCUUCAUUGCGCUAUGGGACAUGCACGAGACCUCUGUCACUCCUACGCACGCGACAAUGCCCCCGAAACUUUACCCAAAGCUCAAUUGUCGCAGCUGCACGUAGCGACAUCCUCAGCGCCUGGGACAAGUAUAGCAACUCCGAUAUCCCUCUUGAUCUCGGCAGCAGCGAAAAAUGCGUCGGCUUCUUGAGCAAACGAAGAACAAUCCACAAACAACUCGCAUUCGCAGACCUUACCACACCUUCGGGCGAAACCAUCCAAAUAUGCUCCGACGCAAAGAAAGACGCCAACGCGCACGCCCUCUUCACAAAAAUCCCCGCAUAUAGUCCCGUCGUCAUCAGUGUCAGUGGCCAGGCCGAGCCAGCCGAUAACACAUCCAAAACGACAGUCUACCUCAAAGACAUUCGAGCUUUAAAUACCGUCCCUCAAAACCUCAUCGUUACACCCGAAGUCCAAUUCCCUCCCAAAAAGCGCCACUACCAGAUCCGAUUCCACCAAGAGCUACAAGAGAGACUCAAGUUUAGGUCAUGGCUAAAGGGACAGUUGACCAAGGGCUUGCAAGAGAAGGGAUUCACGGAUAUCGAAACACCAACACUGUUCAAGUCGACGCCCGAAGGUGCAAGGGAAUUCUUGGUGCCGACUCGUCAGCGCGGCAAGGCGUAUGCGCUGAACCAAAGUCCUCAGCAAUACAAGCAGACACUCAUGGCUAGCGGUGUCUCGAGGUACAUGCAGUGGGCGCGAUGUUUCCGUGAUGAGGAUAGUCGGGCGGAUCGUCAACCCGAGUUUACACAGCUUGAUAUGGAGUGGUCAUUUGCAGGCGCAUCAAAGGUGAGACAGGAUGUGAAUGACAUUAUUCUGUCCGCUCUAGAGGCACUGCGACCGGCACAUAGCUACAAGGAGAUCCGUGGAGAGCGUAUUCCUGUGCUGUCCGAGAUCCCCCAAGGCGAACGUCCAGCAGACGAGCCUGUAGCGCAUACGUUUACAACCCUCAAGUUCCAAGACUGUAUAUCGUCGUAUGGAAGCGACAAGCCGGAUUUGCGCAUCCCCAACAAGAUCCACGCACUCCCCGAUCUCGAACCAUACAAACAAUUCGUCAGCAUGAUCACCCAUCUGGAAGAUCCCUUAAUAGAAGCUUUCACGUUCCCCAUCUCGACAGAAGACCCCAACGAAGCGCGCAAGUUGGUCACCAAGUUUAUGGACAACCUACCAAGCUCACUAGCCGACAACCCCGAUGGAAAGCCUCAAAUUCUAGUGUGCGACAGAAAAGCACCCCUCCAAGGUUUCUCGUCGCUUGGUUUCGAGUUCCAAGACGUUGUCGAUCUUGUGGCAGGGGAUAAGGGUGUUGAGCAGGGUGACCUGGUCGUCUUUCAAGCACGCGAAAAACCCAAGGGCCAAUACUGUUCUGGAUCCACCAAGAUAGGCGAUGUUCGAAUUGCGCUAUGGAAGUUCCUUGUCGAAGAAGGACAAAUGGAGACGCCUCGCCUCGGGGAUCCAGGAUCAUUGCAGUUCGUCUGGGUGACAGACUUUCCCAUGUUCAAGCCCACCGAGAAAGGCGAGCCAGGCCAAGAAGGCGCCGCAGGUAUCGCAGCAUCACACCACCCCUUCACAGCGCCUCUCUCAAAAGCCGACCUCGAACUCCUCUUCACCGACCCUCUUCAAGCCAAGAGCGCAGCCUACGAUCUCGUUCUCAAUGGUGUGGAGGUCGGAGGCGGUAGCGAACGUAUCCACAUCGCGUCGGUACAAAAGUUCAUCAUGAGUGACGUUCUACAAAUGACAGAUAAACGAAUUGGUGACUUUGCGCAUCUGUUUGAGGCUUUGGAAUCUGGAUGUCCGCCACAUGCCGGGUUUGCGUUGGGCUUUGAUCGACUUGUAGCGUUGUUGACGGAUACGGCGACGGUAAGGGAUGUGAUUGCGUUUCCCAAGACGAUGAAGGGAGAGGAUCCUUUUGUUAAAUCUCCUAGUCGAUUGACGGAUGAGCAACUCGAGCCCUAUGGGUUGCAGUUGCGGAGAGAGUGA